CUAGCAGACAGCUAUUUCCUCUUCCGGUUUCCGACUCAAUCAACGUGGAAAGACUUUAUGUUACAGUUCUCAUUCAUACUCGGCGUUGAAGAUUAGCCGACAAAAUGAAGAUGUUAAAACACAAACACCAGUCUUUCCUAGGAGAGCUUGCUGUGAGGUUGGCCUUAUUUGUUGUAUACUGGAUCACUGAUGAUGCUGUUCCCUUUGAGAGGAAGAUUCAGCCGGAGGAGAUGUGGUUGUACCGAUUCCCCAAAACACCCAGCUACUACCCAGGAUAUUUGUUAUGGUGGACAGUGCUGGCAACACCUGUGGUCGUGAUGGGUUUAUUUUAUCUGGUGAGGAGGAAUGCUGAAGACUUAGUGCAAGGCCUCCUGGCUGUGUUCCUGUCUAUAUUUCUCUCGGGAUCCAUUACAAAUUGUAUAAAACUUGGUGUUGGAAGGCCUCGUCCUGACUACAUUGAACGGUGUUUCCCUGAGGGGGCGGUCAGUGCGGACAUGGUGUGUACCGGGAACAUGCAGACCAUCAUUGAGGGCAGGAAGAGCUUCCCCAGCGGUCACUCGUCAUUUGCCUUCUCCAGCCUUGCCUUCAUCGCCUUCUAUGUGGCGGGGAAGUUCCACAUGUUCAGCAGCAAGGGGCGGGGGAGUGGGCUGAAGCUGUGCUGUGUGGUGCUCCCCCUGCUGUGGGCAGCACUCAUCGCCGUGUCCCGCACGGCCGACUAUCACCACCACUGGCAGGAUGUAACUGUGGGUUCGCUGGUGGGACUCAGUAUAGCGUAUUUAGUAUACAGACAAUACUACCCUCCGCUGUCAAGACAGAACUGUCAUCUACCGUAUACAGAAAUUCCCGCCACGCUUGAUCUGCACACCGACUUUCAAGGUCCGCUCAGGUCCCCUCCUGCACCUCUCCUACCUUUACACGAAAUGGACUCUGCCAUGAAAACUGUGUAGCAAUAUUGUAGAAUUGUAUAGUCACUUUGCUCAUGUGUUGAACUGGAGGUUCAAACGACUAGACUAUGUGUGCCAUGACUGCUGUCCACACGGAAACGUUUUUCAUGUAGUCAACAAUGAGGCUGUGAUAAUCUGUUGUUUGAUUAUGAUUAGGCCAUGACAAAUUAAUUCAUUCUUCAUUAUUUUUUUAUUUCAAAAUCAAGGAGCUGGUUGUAAUAUUUUUUUUAAAUGACAGGUUCUUCAUAAACGUCUAAAGUCAAAAUUCAUUUGUUUGUUUUAUGCAUUGUACAUUUAUUAUCCAUGAAUAUUUAAACAUCAUGUUAUGUAUUUUUUUGUAUUUUGUUUAGGCUUAAAAAUUCAUAAAACUUCAUUAAUAUAUUAUUGAAGUUUAUGAAUUAAUAUGCAUGCCAUGUCAUUAUCAGACAGAGGUAGAUUGACUUCAGUGUGAGAGCAGAGGUAGUUCCAUUUGGAUAAGAAGUGUUGUGAUUGUGAAGAAUACGUUCAGUGAGCAAAUUGUUUCAUGCCACAGUCAGUAAUAUUGCGGCCAAAUCAGUCUACAUUGUCUACAGUCUACCAAUGUUUCAAGGUUUUCUUUGAUGUUUAACAUUCACAUUUCAAGGGGGCAAAACGGGUCGUCAACCUGCCUUGAUCUUUUAACCUACAUUCCAAAGUGUGAUGUCCAAAGUAGAUACUGACAAAUUUCUGAAAUCACUGACUCUUUGAUAUAUACUACACAAAAGGAGUUAAGCACCACCUAAUUCUUUCAUAUUUCUACAGUAAGUGUAUAAGUAUCGCAAUACAUGUAAUAUAUUACUGUAUAAAGUGAUAUGUUCUAUAUUGCUACAUUAAGUGGUGCUAUGUAUUGUAUUACUAUAUAUAAGUGUGACAAAGGAUGAUAAACAUGAUAAACAUGGUGUCCAUGCCUCAAGUAAACAUUUAAUAAUGGAGAUUCUGACUGAUUGAAUGUGUGCACAGUGUGAGUUACAGGGAUAUACUAGAGAGAUUUAUCUAGUCAAAGUUUCAUGAACCGUUUCAUACUUUUUUGUCUUAAUGCUACAUAUUUAAGUUUUAGAGGGACCUUAAUCAUUGUUUUUCAGACUUCCAGGUACCCCAUCAUUCACAAUUGUCCAGUGUAUUACAUCUCCAUUCUAUUUUGAUAAAUACCCUGGACCGAGAUGCAACUGUAUUAUGGUUUUAUAAGUGACGUCACCUUUGACAUCUCUCCCUUCUCUUACUUUGCAUACAGUGUCUUGUGCAUGUGAGAGUUAUUUGACUGGACAGCUUCUAGCUUCCUGCCUUUUGAAUCAGGACGAAAACAAAGCUAAGAUGAUAGAAUGGAAAUAUUAUACCCUGGAUAAUUGAGGGCCAUGAAUUAAGUUGAGUAAGGAAACCUCAGAAUAAUUGUUUCUAGUCAUGGGACCACAAAACAAUUGUUCCAAAGUCACAGGUCCUCAAAAUAUUUGUUCAAAAAGUCAUGGGUCCUCAAAGCAAUUUUUCAAAGGUCUUGGGUCCUCAAAACAAUUGUUUGGAAAUCAUGGGACACUAAAGCAAUUGUUCCAAAGUCAUGGGUCCUCAAAACAAUAGUUUGGAAAUCAUGGGAUAGCUAAACAAUUGUUCCGAAGUCAUGAGACCACAAAACAAUUGUUC